GCAGAGCUGAUCGACAAAUGCAUCGGCUCGAGAAUAUGGAUCGUGAUGCGUGGCGACAAAGAGCUGGUCGGCACCUUGAGAGGGUUCGACGACUACGUGAACAUGGUCUUGGACGACGUGACCGAAUAUGAGAUCACCCCCGAGGGUAAGCGCGUGACGAAGCUCGACCAGAUCCUCCUCAACGGCAACAACGUCGCCCUGUUGGUGCCGGGAGGCAGCCCAAACUACGACUAG